AUUUCAUAGUGGCACAAUUUCAUUAUACCAGGCGUGGAGUGUGCUGCCAUCCUGUUAGAAGGUAACAGAUUAUUUUAUUACAAUGGUUCAAUUGGAUUUUCAUUGUGUCCAAUGGUGUUAUUUGCCCCCUAGUGGAUGUUUCUGGUACUUAGAAAGACUACGCAAACAGGAAGUAGAGAAUUUGUUCUGCACGCAUAGAAGCAGCUACAAACAACGCUACGGUGCAGGUCUUUCAAUGUAGUUAUUUCUUGUCACGCUUCAGACUUGGAAAAUAUUUGUUUGUUUUGACUCUAGCCUGUCUCGACUCUACACAGAGUUGCACAGAGGAGGUGCUAAAAAAUUACCCGGAAAGUAGCUGCAACAAAUGUCCAGCAGGAAAGAGUGCACGGCUACUUCAACCCCCAAUCUCCCAAAUCCAACACCCAACCCCGCCAUCAUCAAAAAUACAGACACUUCUCAUCUCCUCUACACCAUGAUGUAUGUCCUUCUGGUUUUCCUGGUCACCACUCUGUUAAUGGCCAGUCUCCUGGUACUGACUAAGGGAGGAUGGAGGGAACAUGGCUGUUGGGCAAACCCUGAAAAGGAACUCCAGUUGCCUACAAGGGACACCUCAGCCAACGUGGUCAUUUGUUUUGAAAACUCCAUCUCGUGCUACAGAAACACUGCUAACCAAACAACAGUGCUAGGUGCCUGCCCACAUGAAUUAAAGGAUCAGCUUCAUCAUCAGCCAAACUACCCAACUUCACUGACGCUGAACAUUACUGAAGGGAUUCCCAUGAUGACACUCGCUCACAGUGCUGCCAAGACUGAGUUUGACCCCCUUGUCACACCCCUGCUGCCAGACAGAGAGCCCAGAGUCCCUCGCCAGGACACCCAGGAGGAGCACUGGCCCGUGAUGGUGUUAUAUGCCAUCAUCAAGGAGGUGCCUCUGCGGCGAUGGAAGGAAUUCCUGCGCGUGCUCUCCCUGACCGACCGGCAGCUGGAUCGUGUGGAGCCAGAUGCUGCGGCUGUGGAGCCAGGGCCCGACUGCAAGUCUGGAGGACGUAUACUCAGCCCUGCUCUACAUGGACCUGGCUGGCUGUGCCUACCAGCUGCAGGGUUGUCUGGAGCAGCUGCAGUGGAGAGCCACAACCAAUGACAUCACCACAGUUUCAUAGGACAACUGAGUAGGGAUGGACAUGAGUAUUCGAACAGACGUCAAAAAUCGGUCUUAACCAGAGAUCACAUUGUUUUCAAAUACUGUGUUGCAACAAAGCGCUAGGUCGCUCUCCAUGCUCAAUCUCUCGGUUUGUCAAUGUUUAUGAAUUCCCCACAAUGUAACAAAAGUAUCAGAGGUACUAAAUGUAGGCUACCGAUAUUCAUUGCCACUUCCCCAAUCUAGAAUGUUUGGUUAUGGUCUUUUCUGUUUAUUCAAUAUAUUAAUACUGCAUACCGUUCUCAUUCUGGUAGUGUACACGUUUGGAGAGCUCACAAACUGCGCUGUGAUAAUGAAGUUGUGGUGUAUUUAAUUAUACAAAAAUAUAAAUGCAACAAUUUCA